UCUUUUCCUUAUCUUAUUUAUUCAUCGUCUCUUACAAUUAGGGUUUCUAUCUUGCUGUACGAUUUUUGUAAAUUGGGGUUUUUUUACAUGGAUCAUCUUGAAGAAAAAAUUUUCAAUUUGGAAAUUAUUUGUUCAAAUUCUGCAAAUCAAACUCUAAUUUGUUGGUAAAGCGUGAUCUAGGGUUAGACCUCCGAUCUGAACUUGCUAAUUGGUUUUUGUGGUUUUUUUUUGUAUGAAUUAAACGAAGCUUAGAUGGCACGUACUAGGCAAACUGCUCGUAAGCUUAGAUUUUGUAAAUUGUUAUUUUGGGGUAGAAAGAGAUAAGUUUCAUGUCUGCUUGUUGCUCUGAAUUGGGAAUAAGUUAAAAAGAUAAUGAUUGAAGCAGAAAAUUGGUGAAAGUGUUUGUGGAGAGGGUGAUGCUGACCAAGCAAUUAUCAUUCCUUACAGGUCAGGAUGAUAACCCAUUUUUUUUCAUCUCCCACUUAUAUAACCACAAUACAUUCCGUUGCCCCUUUCUUUCUUUCAAAAGCCGCCUGCUUUUUUUUUUUUAUUUUCCCUUGCACAAAAAUCAUUGCUCAUGUUUCUUCAAUGCUUUUCCUUACUGAAGUUUAGAUUUGAAUUAUGUCAAAGAGAGUGGAGCUUAUUGUAUAAAUUGAAAAAUAGUUAAUUUAUUUUUUCUAUUAAAAUAGAUGAUAGACUAUACACUGCAAGAUGGAUACUCUAAAAAACCGAUAAAUUCUUUAAUAAUGAGAACUUAUAUUCAAGACAUUUAUUUUCUGAAAUAAAUUUUAAUAGUUAACUUUUUUAAGCUCUCAUAACAUAUAUAUAUAUGAAUUAGACAUUCACCGCAAUUGAACUAAAUCAAGGUGAUAUGAGGUGAUUAGCAACAAAUUGGGUAAUAAAUGGAGCACAAAGGGGAAGAGCAUAAUGCUAAAAGCGGCUCUUUUUGUAAAGCAAAAUAAAAGCAAAAAUGUAGGCUCUGACUUUGGUUGUUUUAUGAUAGAGCGGAAGCCAUUAUUAAGAAAAAGAAAACCUAAAAGGGUAAACAAAAUUGAAUGGAAACUGGAGUUCAGUAUUUUGGUUUUGGGCUAAUUUGAAGCCGUAUUUGGGCCAGUCCGUCUCCUUCUCUAUUCAACAAGCAAACUGCAGAGGAGAAAAUCCCUAAACCCUCUUCGGAUUUGUCAUUCUUCAGUGUUGUUUCAAUUCUUCAGCCUAGUUCUUAAUUUGCUAUAUAACAGCAUACUUUUGAUCGAAUAUGGCAUUGGGUUUGAUAUUGGGGAUAGGAAGGGCAUUUCGAAGAAAGAGAACGUCGGCGUUGGAUAUUCUGUCGUCGAAACGUGCUCCUCGUGAUUAUUAUAAGGGAAAGAAUUGCAAGCCUACUGGUUUUCACACUCGCAAAGGUGGCUACGUUAUUGUACCUGAGAAAUUGCCGAACUAUGUUGUACCUGAUUUGACUGACUUCAAGAUGUUUUGCCAUGGGUUUAGAAGUACCAGCGUAGUCGAGAAAUUGUGUCUCAGACAGAUUAUGAGCAUACUUUUGAUCGAAUAUGGCAUUGGGUUUGAUGCUGGGGAUAGGCAAGGCAUUUUGAAGAAAGAGAACGUCAUCGUUGGAUAUUCUAUCGUCGAAACGCGCUCCUCGUGAUUAUUAUAAGGGAAAGAAUUGCAAGCCUAUUGGUUUUCACAAUCGCAAAGGUGGCUACAUUAUUGUACCCGAGAAAUUGCCGAACUAUGUUGUACCUGAUUUGAUUGACUUCAAGGUAACCUUUCUCCACCCAUCUUUGUUUCUAUUUUUUGGAGAACGGAUACCCAGCACUUGCAUUGAUGAUACUAAAACAUGUAAAUGGCGUUGAUGAUAAGGGUCUUUCGUUUAUAGUUUUCUGGUCUCCUUUUGAGUGUUGGAAUAUAAUUGGUUGGAAGUUGUCAAUUGUUAGGCUUCUUUAUCUUUCAGUUACAAGAAUUAUUAUUGCAAGAAUAGUUUUUGUGGGAGUAUUCUUAAAUUUUUUGUUUCUUUGUAUGGAAGAAUAUGUUUGCUUCCAUAUGGUUGUUUUGUAGGUAACGUUUUUGUUUUGUGUUAUGAACUGUUUUUCUUUCUUUAAAUAAUGGAAGGGAUAUA